UUUCUUAAAUCUCAAAAAACAAAUUGAAACUGUUCACAUUUUCAAAAUUGAAUGGAUAAUAACGACGAAUAUCUUUGUAGCAUCUUCCAGCAGCACCGAUUUUUUUUUUAAAUUUCGCUGUCUCUGAGAAAAACUUGAUAAUUUUCACAUCAAAAUUUAAUUUAAAAAUUCAUAUCAAAAUUACAGUGUAAAAAUAUUUGUUAAUUGUUUUGUGUUUCGUCUUAAAAAUCCCCAACAAAAAGAAAAAAAAAAAAAAAACAUGUCGGACUUAUUUAUCAAAGCCCAAAAGGACAUGCAAACUCUCACCCAAACUUUUGUCCAAGAAUUAAUUGAAAUUUGGAAAAAAAUAUUUGAUGAAAAUGCCUGCCGUGAUAACAUCAUUAAACUCGAAGAACAUACGAAAAACUAUUUCGAAGAUUUAGUAAUGGAGUCGAUGGAGAAACAAGAACAAAUUGAAAAAGAAAUUGCUGAUUUACGUUCGGAAGCUGAAAAUCUACAGCGUUUGUUGAAAGUUGAAAUCAAUCUAAAGCCAAUGGAAGGUGUUCCAUUGCUAGUUCAACAAUCUGAACUUGAUGACAGCUUAACCGAAUUGCGUGAAACUCUGCGACUUCGCAGAGAUCAAAUAUUCGAACUUCUCCUCGAACAAGAUUCACUUUGUAGUGAAUUGGGCGAAGAGCCACGUUCUUUGGUAGCAGAUCCUCUGCCCUCUGAAGAAGAACUUCAGGAAUUCCGUCAGCAUUUGGAUGUGUUGAAGGAAGAAAAAGUCGACCGUUUGAAUAGAGUUUCCACAAUGCGACGUGAAAUCAAGAAUUUUCUUCAAAUUCUCGAAGUAAAAAUGUUCUCUGAAAAUGAUGAUAGACUACUUAACCAUCGCCAGAUUAAACUUAGCAAAGAAACUUUCGAUGGACUGAAGGAAAUGCACGCUCGCUAUCGUGACAAGGUCCUAGAACUCGAAGACACCAUCGACGGCAUGAAACGAAAGUUGAAUUCCCUCUGGGACAGACUCGACACCAGCCCAGCCACAAGAAAUAAAUUCAGUCGCUACACAGAAUGCUCCCAAUCAACUGCCGACAUUCUCCACAAAGAAGUCAAUCGUUGUGAACUUUUAAAGAAGCAAAACAUCAAACUUUUUGUCGAACAAAUUCGAAAGGAAAUUCUCGAAUGGUGGGACAAAUGCAUGAAAUCCGAGAUCCAACGUAGUCGUUUCUCGAAUUUCUACUCGGACUGUUUUACUGACGAUUUGUUGAUUCUGCACGAAAUGGAAUUGGAGGACUUGAAAACAUUCUAUCACAAUAACGAGAAGAUUUUCAAGCUUUUCGAAGACAGACGAAUUCUAUGGGACCGUAUGACUGCACUCGAACAAAAAGCAUCCGAACCGGGACGCUAUAACAAUCGAGGGGGACAGUUGCUCAAAGAAGAGAAAGAACGAAAGACAAUUGCAAGUAAGUUGCCUAAAAUUGAAGCUCUUCUUACAGAACUAGUUCAGGCAUAUGAAGAAAAAGAACACAAGAAAUUCCUAAUUUACGGCGAGGAUAUCCUUGAUUUGAUAUCUCGUGAUUGGGAAAAGAAGAAGAUGGAAAAAGAGAAGCUAAGCAGUGCCAGAAAGAAUCCACAGACUCCGUUGGCCAAUCGUACUCCCAUGUCGAUUAGAAACUGCCAGAUGUCGGCAUCGACGAUGAAGAGAACUCCGUCCACUACCAAUAUUUCGUCAGCAUUAAGUUCAAAUAAGAGGAAACUCGCUCCAACAGAUCGACAAGCUCCUUCGGCUAAGAGAAGUUUAUUGAAUGUUUUGAACAGCCCGAGUGUGUUUGGCUUUUCGACAACGAACAACACGAAGACACCUUUCAAGUCGCCAUACAAGAAGAAUCGAGUUCUGGCCACAACUAUCCGGAGACGAUCAGCCAGACAGAGUGGAAGCGCCAAGAAAUCACGACGAUCAUCGUCGAGACAACCGAAACUCGCCCCUAAAAUAACCGUUACAGAGAGUUCUGAUUUAUCGGAUGCAGAUAAUUAUGAACAUUUUCAAAAGUGCAUUGAACCAGCAGCGCGGUCGUCUAUUAUGCCCUCAUCCACAGCGUCCAGCAGUAGCAGCAACAUAAGUCGAUUGGUGCGUAAACAACCAGCAAAGGAAAACAUCCGUCUGCCUAAUCCUCGAUUAGCACGAGUGCCUUCCAAGAUGAACCUCAUGGAUACGAUGUCGAAAUCACCAGCUCAUCAUACAUCUCAUUCGCCAUCUACUUCGAGCAGCACAAAAUACAAAAUAAAAAUAAGAAACAAAAAAAUGUACAACAUUUGAAGAUAUUUUUUUAGUUAUAAGUCACUUAAUAUAUUUUAUGUUUUUUUUUUCUUUUUUGUUUUGUAAUUAAAUGGUAGUGGAUUGUUUAUCAGUACUUUGUCCUAAUGAUAAUUGUAGUGUAUUGUAUUAGUAUGUAAUAUUUGUUUUGCCUUAUUUUUUCUUUGCAAUGACAACAUAAACUGUUUAUAAUUAUUUUGAAGAUUAUUACUAAUAAAUUCAUUGUUUAUAACCUAA